AAAUGGGUACUCUGAAAGACGCAUUAGAUAAAUGGCAAGCUGCACAUCCUGAUACGAAGCUUGAACAUGCAUCGGAUGUUGGUUUACAAUUUCAUUAUCCUCCAAUUGAAAAAAUGGAUAAUGCAUUAGCAGUUUUGAAAAAAUGUGAAAAGCUAAGUUUAUCUACAAAUAUGAUCGAAAAAAUAUCUGGUUUACAAGUAUUAAAACAUUUAAAAAUUUUAUCCCUUUCCCGUAAUUACAUAAAAACGUUUGCUGGUUUGGAUACAGUAGCUGGAACACUUGAACAACUUUGGAUAUCUUAUAAUAAUAUUGAAAAAACUCGAGGUAUUGAUAAUUUAAAGAAAUUAAAAGUAUUGUACGUCGGUUAUAAUAAUAUUAAAAAAUGGGAAGAAUUUGAUCGAUUUGCUAAUUUACCACAUUUGGAAGAUUUUGUAUUUGUUGGUAAUCCUUUAUGGGAACAGGAUGAAACUAAAUGUAGAAAAGAAAUACUUAAAAGAAUUCCACAUUUAAAAAUUUUGGAAGGUGAACCAAUAGUAGGAGACGAUGAGGAAGAUGAUGAUGAUUAA